AGAGGUGGACCAAUCAGAAGGGACGAUGCGUUUGAGGUGGACGCAGAUUGGUUAAGGUUGAGUACAGCUGCUGUCCCGAGGUUGGAUUUUAAAGCUAAGUAAAACUCCGUAAGAGUGAUAGAGAGCAAAAAGUCGAAGAAUCAGUAAGAAUGAUGCGUUUUCUGAUCAUCACCAUCUGCCUUUGUGUUGUCUACUGCCAAUGUAAACCCACAGAAAAAAAAGAACGUGUUCAUCACGAUGAACCACUGAGCAACCUUAAACACGAUGACACCAAAAACUUUGACUAUGACCAUGAGGCCUUCCUUGGCCAUGACGAAGCCAAAACCUUUGAUCACCUCCCUCUUGAAGAAAGCAAACGAAGACUGGGCAUAAUUGUUGGAAAAAUAGAUGAUAACAAAGAUGGAUAUGUCACAGAGGAAGAGCUAAAAAUUUGGAUAAAAAAGGCUCAACAAAAAUACAUUUUUGAUAACGUUCAGACUCAAUGGAAUGACUUUGACACCAACAAUGAUGGAUACAUCGGCUGGGAAGAGUAUAAAAAUGUAACCUAUGGAAGCUAUCUGGACAGUCCUCAGGAAGACACUGACUUUAACUAUGCCCAAAUGAUGCAGAGGGACGAGCGUCGCUUUCGCAUGGCUGACAAAAAUGGGGAUCUAUAUGUCAAUAAAGAAGAAUUCACUGCAUUUCUCCACCCAGAGGAGUUUUCUCACAUGAGGGACAUUGUACUUCAGGAAACUAUUGAGGAUAUUGACAAGGAUGGAGAUGGCUAUAUUGACCUAAAAGAAUAUAUUGGUGACAUGUACUCACCAGAGAACGGAGAGGAGGAGCCUGACUGGGUAAAAUCAGAGCGAGAACAGUUUGCUGAGUUUAGAGACAAAGAUAAUGAUGGGAAAAUGGAUAGGCAAGAAACUCUUGACUGGAUACUGCCAGAAGACUAUGAUCAUGCUGAGGCAGAGGCUAAGCACUUGCUGCAUGAAGCAGAUACUGACAGAGAUGGCAAAUUAACAAAAGAGGAAAUUUUGGAGAAACAUGAAGUAUUUGUUGGAAGCCAAGUGACCAACUUUGGGGAAGCACUGAUGCGACAUGAUGAAUUUUAAAGGUGGUUUGUUAGAGAACUUCGAUUUCUGUGCUGUACUGAGCUGGCUGUGAGAGCCCACAGUACAGCACAGAAAUGGAAUUUCACUGAAAUGGAAUUUCUCUAACAGGUAUAGCAUGGAUGGUUUUCUUACACACCACUCUCAUUUUGGGGAGCAGUUUACCAAGGAUUUUUUCAAGUUUUUUUAAAUGUGUAUUUGCCUUUUACUGGUGCUGUUACAAAGAAAAAGGACCCUUGAUUGGAUAUUUAUUUAUUGCCAUGUCAUAUGUUUCAAAAUGUUUAUAAGCAUUAAUGUAAGGUGCAAUUUAUAUUAUUUGAACAAUAGUAUGUUUUUAUGUGUAUAGAAUUUUAUAAAUUCUAAAAGAAUAUUGUAUGAUUUUUAUAGGAUGUCUUUUAUAUUUCGUUUCUUUUAAAUUCUUUAAAUUGUACAAAAUGUCACAUUUGGUUGGUUAUUAUUUAAAGACUCUGCCAAUGUGAUUUGUACUGUCGUUUAAGCCACUAUGAGUGAUGCCCUAACAUAUUGGUUUGGUAUUUCUACACAAUGCUUUUUCUUAAUGAUGCCAUCAUUGAAAAAAUAACGAAGUAUACCAGUCCUAUUUGUAGGAAAAUAACCUCACAACAUAAUACCACUGCCUCCAUACUUUGCUUUAGAAAUGGUGUUUCCAGGCUUUACUUUUAUGCUUUACAAUUAGGCUUUAUGCUUUACCUUUCUCAAAAUGUAGGCUAAUACUAGACAAACCAUAUAUGCUUGUGUAGCUUAGUGCUUCUUGUUUAGCUUUGUUAGGUGUAACCUCAACUGACCUUUAAUCAUGAAGGUUGUUAGUUACUCAAAAGUCAGCAGAAGGCAAUAUGCCUGUCUCUUACACAAUGACAUGGAAAUAACUAUUUUGUCUGGGAAACACAACAGUGUGACUCAGCGGUCCACCAACCCAUGGGCGAGAAGUUCAGUUGUAGCCUGGUCUGCAAGUCUUAUUCCUUUUAUUCCUUAUGUGUAUUCCAUAGACUCAAAUGUGCAGAAUUGCCAAACAAGGAAGGUUUGCUCGCAGUGUUGCUAUUGGCCUACAGGUAAGGCCUAGAUUUAUAGUCAAUGUGUGAAAUAAAAUAAAAUCCUCUUUAUUGUUUACUUGAA